GCCCGUAUCCCAGCAACCGCGGCCGGCAGGUCUACAUUAGCGCGAUUUUUGAGCGGAUCAAUGUUAAAAAUUAAACUGUAAAAAUGGACGUGUUUUCUGAAGCGCAGCGCAGACCGCUCUCCACACUGUCUGUGUUCAGCUUUAUACCACCCAGGAGAAACGAACCCAGAGAGAGGAGAUACUUCUACUGCAGUCCUCAGGCUCCAGAAGUGUACUUGUAUGGCUGCACACAUCGACGGGCUGAAGAUUAUGAUAACAAGUUGCACCGAGAUGAUCGCCAACAUGCCAAGGGUCAUGGGCUAGACAUUUUCAGUGAGGAAUCAUCAAGACCCAUUCCUGUGCGCUCUUCAUCUGACUACGGGAGAAGACUCCUGCCACCUCUGUACAAACCGGGCCGCCAGUUCGUCCGAGUUGCUCACAUACGCUCAGAGUUUUACAGGAAAAACGGGAUUACAAAAACACUGGAGGAGGGGUAUGGGCCUGUUGUUCCAGUUUGAGACGUUUGCCUGUAAGAUGUGCAAUAUAUUAAAUAAGCAAAACUGAUGUCUCUGCAUAAUAAACUUACAGCGAGAAAUCUAAAUAAAAACAACCACAGCAGAACUUCAGUACAUCAAUCAAUACAAAGAAGAGGCUGUUAUUGGGAUGAGUACUGCGAAGGAUAUCCAUACAAACAUUGUUUACGCACGAUAUUGUAUUGUAUAUUCAACUUGAUAUUGACAUCUUUGUAGACGUACAAAGUUCACACAUAAAUGAAACACAGGUGUUUAUAUAGAAAUUCUUUAAUGGAUAAGAAAAUGGUGGCACCACCAAAACAUGAACACACACAUUGUAUUUUGUUUUAUUUGGUAACACUUUACUGAAGGGCAACAUUUAUAAGGACUAGGGUUGUUCCAAUAGAAGCAAGUUGGAAAAGCUUCUUUUGUCAAUUUUACAAAGAGUUAUUGAUGACAAAUCAAAAACUUUUUUUUUUAUUUCUUUAGAUUUAUUAUUUAUUAUUGUCAAGAAAAAUAUUUAUAUAUAGACUUAUAAACACAACCCUUCUGCAAAGUGUUCCAUUGUGUUCUUUCCCAUAAAUAUUUUACAAACCCUCAGCUGUUCUGAUCUGGGUUUCUCACACAGUGACUUGUCCGGGGAUUAAACUCCUUGAAGAUGGUUGAA